GCUUUAUCCGCGUCUGUCCACAUUUAUCUCAAUGGCUGCCGCGAACGAACCACGUCCCACCUGAGAGGGAGCGGUUCAGCGGCGUGGACAGGACCAACAAACCCAAACUUAGCCCCAGUCCGGCUCCGUGCCUGCGUGGUGGGAUUUACCGCACUUUCUAAGGGGCAGAUUGUGGAUCCUGCAGGAAGAAAAAAGAGGGGGACGUGAACGGAGGUGCCUGCAGCUCGGCAGUCCCUGGCUGUAAUAUCCGGCAGCGUGAUGGAACCAGCCGACCGGCCGUCCACGGCUGGACACAGACUGGGCGCCCCCGACAGCUUCGGGGUGUCCACCCUGGAGCCGGGCCUGCGCCCGCCCUCCCAGGCUCCGGGGAGACUCGUCUCCAUCAGGGUUCAGAUGCUCGACGACACGCAGGAGGUCUUCCAGAUAUCGCAACGCUCUCCAGGUAAAGUGCUGUUUGACCUGGUUUGUGCACAUGUCAACCUGACGGAGGGGGACUAUUUUGGACUGGAGUACCAGGACCAUCGGAGGAUGAUGGUGUGGCUGGACCUCCUGAAGCCCACACUGAAGCAGAUCAGACGGCCUAAAAACACCAUCCUUCGUUUUGUGGUGAAGUUCUUCCCACCUGACCACACGCAGCUGAUGGAGGAGCUGACUCGGUAUCUUUUUGCCCUCCAGAUUAAACGCGACCUGGCCUGCGGUCGGCUCAUCUGCAACGACACCAGCGCCGCCCUCAUGGUCUCCCACAUCAUUCAGUCUGAGAUUGGAGACUUUGAUGAAACGCAGAGCUGGCAGCACCUCCUCCACAACAAGUACCUGCCCGACCAGGACGCCAUCAGAGACAAGAUCACCGACUGCCACCGGAAGAAUGUCGGGCAGACUCCAGCAGAGUCGGACUACCAGCUCUUGGAAAUCGCCCGGCGGCUGGAAAUGUACGGCGUCCGUCUGCACCCGGCGAAGGACCGAGAGGGCACUAAACUCAGCCUGUCUGUGGCGCACACCGGAGUGCUGGUUUUCCAGGGCUACACAAGAAUUAACUCCUUCAACUGGUCCAAGGUUCGCAAGCUGAGCUUCAAACGGAAAAGGUUCCUCAUCAAGCUGAGAGCCGACCCCGCUCAGAGCGCCCAUCACGACACGCUGGAGUUCACCAUGGCCAGCAGAGACUGCUGCAAGGUGUUCUGGAAGAUCUGCGUGGAGUAUCACGCCUUCUUCAGACUGUUCGAGGAGCCCAAGCCCAAACCCAAACCCAUCCUCUUCACCAGAGGAUCUUCAUUCCGCUUCAGCGGCCGAACCCAGAAGCAGAUCAUCGACCACGUGAAAGACACCGAUCCCAAGAAAGUUCCAUUUGAGAGGAAACACAGUAAGAUUCUGUCCAGCAGCGGCAUGUCGCCUCAGUCUUCUUCCAUCAGAUCACAAGUGCCAAAUGAGAGUGCCGUGUCAGUCCUGUUAGCGGACCAGCCCGACUCGGCCAGAUUGAGCCAGGAGGCGAAAUCCAACGGCUCGGGGGAGCCGGCCGUGGCUCCCGCCACCAACGGCUUCCACGUCAACAUGUCCAUGUCGGACCAGCUCCAUCAGAACCACCACGGCGCAGGAUCAGCACCAGACCAGCGUCCUCUCAACCCAGAAGGCCCCGGUUCAGAGGAAUCUCCGCUGGGUAGUCCCCAUGUGGUCGUUAACGGCAACGGCUCGCUUAAUGGACAGGUGAUGGGUAGUGCCGGAGUCGUGGGUGUGGAUCCGAGUCCCGAGGGACAGCAGUUCUCACCGCUAACCAGUCCGCUGCUCACCGAGGCCGGAUACGUCCGCAAUGAUGAUGAAGAUGAAGCCAGGAGGAAGAAGUUUCCCACAGACAAGGCCUACUUCAUAGCUAAGGAGCUGUUGACCACAGAGCGGACCUUUCUCAAAGACCUGCAGGUUGUAACGGAGUCCUUCAAGAGCAUCGCGGGGAAAGAUGAGGCGUUCCCAGAGUCUGUUAAGACCCUGAUCUCCACCCACUACGAUCCGGUCUACAGGUUUCACCAAGGAUUCCUCAAAGAAACGGAGCAACGCCUGGCGCAGUGGGAGGGUCGUUCCAACGCCCACAUUAAAGGAGAUUAUCAACGAGUUGGUGACAUUUUACUGAAGAACAUUCAGGGUCUCAGGCAAUUGACGGUUCAUCUCCAGAAGCAUUCAGAGUGCUUGGUGGAACUGGAACGGGCCUGUAGGUCCAAUCGGAAGGUGGAGACCUUGUGGCGAGAGUUUGAGCAGCAGAGGGUUUGCUACCUCCCCCUCUACAUCUUCUUCCUCAGGCCUCUGCACCGCCUGCUGCACUACAAACUCAUCCUGGAGAGGCUCUGCAAGCACUACCCCCCCACCCACGAAGACUUCAGGGACUCCAGAGCGGCUCUAGCUGACAUCUCAGAAAUGGUGCUGCAGCUUCAGGGAACGAUGAUGAAAAUGGAAAACUUCCAGAAGCUUUUAGAGCUGAAAAAGGAUCUGACCGGCAUCGACAACCUCGUCAUCCCUGGGAGGGAGUUCAUCAGGCUUGGUUGCCUCAGCAAACUCUCAGGGAAAGGCCUUCAGCAGAGAAUGUUCUUUCUGUUUAGUGAUUCCUUGGUGUACACAAGUCGAGGGAUGACUCCGUCCAACCAGUUUAAGGUUCAUGGCCAGCUGCCUCUCUACGGCAUGACAAUCAGAGAAAGCGAGGAUGAGUGGGGAGUCCCUCAUUCGUUCACGUUGUUUGGCCAGCGCCAGUCUGUGGUUGUGGCUGCCAGCUGUGCGUCAGAGAUGGAGCGGUGGGUGGAGGACAUCAGGAUGGCCAUUGACCUGGCGGAGCAGAGCAGCAGCCCCAGCGCUGACCUGCUCUCCACCAGCCCGUCUGACAACAAGCUCUCAGAGGACGGCGCUGAGCAGGAGUCGGAGGAAGAGCUCUGCGGCUCGCGCUCGUCCCUGGAACGUCAGGGUCACCGUGGCAACACUACGGUGCACGUCUGCUGGCACCGCAACACCAGCGUGUCCAUGGUGGACUUCAGCAUUGCUGUGGAGAACCAGCUCUCAGGUAACCUGCUGAGGAAGUUCAAGAACAGCAAUGGAUGGCAGAAACUCUGGGUGGUCUUCACUAACUUCAGCCUCUUCUUCUACAAGUCACACCAGGAUGAAUACCCUCUGGCCAGCCUCCCUCUGCUGGGAUACUCCGUCACCGUGCCAGCCGAGUCGGAGAACAUCCACAAAGAUUACGUAUUUAAACUCCACUUUAAAUCUCACGUGUACUACUUCAGAUCAGAGAGCGAGUACACGUUUGAAAGGUGGAUGGAGGUGAUCCGCAGCGCGACCUGCUCCACCAGCCGGUCCCUGCCUGGCACCAGGAAAGACCUCUAUUGAUGAAACCUUUUUUUUCACUUUAUCAUCAUCCACUUUGCUCUGACACUCACCUCGGUGAAGAUCUGGACUUCAUGCUGCACAAAUAAGAAAGACUUGAGGAAUUGUGUUGCACGCUGAAGCCACUCAGACACUAAUUAAUACUUCUGAAUUCACACACACACGCACACACACACACCUGCACUCAGAGGUCCACCCGAUCACACACUCUCUGCACUUCUGCUGUCUGAGGGGUUUUUCUCAGAUUUUUUUAAAUGCCAAACUGGAACUUGCUGGCAGUGUUCUUCACUUGUAUUUUAUUUUAAUUUCCUCUUUAUUUCAAGCUGCUCGCGUGCACACACCACCGGUUUACUUUAAGAAUAUUUGUAACGGCUUUUCUCUUCAUUUCAACCUGCAGCGAAGUUGUCCUGGAGCAGAUUUGAUAAAGGAUACGUGGAAGGAUGUGUAAAAGAUGUGUGCAGCAUCUUUUACUAAAUGUGAUGCCAGUUUGGACAGUUAGAACCCACGUUUUCUUUUUUGUAAUGCGCCUUUUUGUACAGUAUUUUUGAUACACUGUGAAACAUUUUGUUUUUUUUCCCCCUCGUUUGUCUGGUUCGAGGGGACAGAUGUAUUUCUAAACACUUGAGACCUGCUUCCAAAGCCAACAGAGAUUAUGAUGAUUGAUCACCAAUUAUCUUCUCCUCUUCCAGCUCUCUGGAUCUUACUAUUUUAAUUAAAAAUGAGAAACGAUCGUGUUGAUAUCAGAAAUAAAUUAGAAUAAUCAGCAGUGAUGUCAGUGUUUGUGUGUGUGUUGGGGGAGGGGGUUAACCUCAUUAUGAUUAUGAAACCCUUGAAUGGUUAGAAUAACAUUUCAAAUGCAAUAAUAAGAUCUAAAAUGGAUUAGAUUUUGUGAUAAAUUGGUUCAAUUAAUAAGACACUAUAAUCACAGAUGGGAGGUUUUACAGAAAGAGGAAGUCACGGUAGCUUGUCCUGGUGAAUGAUUUAUGUCCUGGCUGAGAAUGAGUUAAUUUUCUUGACCCUGAUACACACUUUUUCUUUCUAGUUUACAAAGCCAGUGGUCACGGGACGGGCAGCGAGCGGAUGGUGAGCAGAUAUUAAGUGAAUACAGGUAACA